AUAAGUCCGAAACGAGUUCCUGAUCCGUCAAUCUUGAAAGAUGUCCAAGAAGGAUGUGGCGUGUUUCUGGAUCGUACUGCUUCUGUGCCAAGAGCUACGGACCAAUCCGAUCGCAGAGAUGGGACCAUCCUCCAGCAUCCUGAUUCAAGAGACACCAGGGUUCAUCUUGACAGGGAAGAGGAUCCUGACCUAACGUGUGUUCGGCAGCUUGGACCCAAAGAUUUCCAUCGAGAAGGCGUACAACAUUUCAUUGAUGCAGCUUCCUGA